AUGGAUUCCGAGAAAUUUGGAGACGAUGAUCGGAGCAUCCAUUUGCAGGUAUUGGAUCUCCAAAAGCUGGAGGAAGCUCGAGGCUCAAGCGACACCGUAUUAGAUUUCAGGAACAGCGUCGAGAAAGGAGACAGCGGCGAAACCGCAGACGCUACUCCUUCAUCUUCCGCGAUCGCGUUCCACCGAUCAUCAUCCCGUGCGCCGGAACAGAAGCUAACACUAUUCGCUCUCCGCCUUGCGAUCAUCGAGAAAAUCGCCACUUGCCUCGGAACACUAGGUUUCAUCUGGGCCACGGUGGUUCUUCUCGGCGGCUUCGCCAUCACACUCGAGAAAUCCGAUUUCUGGUUCAUCACCGUCAUCCUCCUUAUUGAAGGCACUCGUAUCUUCAGCAGAAGCCAUGAGCUCGAGUGGCAGCACCAUGCCACGUGGACUGUAGCAGGCGUCGGUAGCUUCCGUGCGCUACAAGUACGCUCUGUUUCGCUUCUCAGAAAUUUAAAACGAAUCAGUGGAGGAGUCUUAAAGCCAAUCCUCGAAAGCAGAUUGAGUCAAGAAACCCCUCGGACAUGGAAAAACUCAGAGGUUCCUCUGCUUCCCUACGCGAAAUGGCUCUACAUCUCAAGCUACGUGAGCCGUCUUCUCUACUGGCUCCAACUCCUCUCAGCAACCGCCUGCGUGUCUCUCUCUUCAUACAAGCUCGUCAGACACAACUACGGAGAAGUUCAUGACGGAGAGCUGGACAAAAGGAACAGACAAGCUGCUCUUAGCAUCUUCUACUCGCUAGCCCUAGCCGAGGCGUUGUUGUUUCUUGCGGAGAAAGCUUACUGGGAGUGGCAGGUCAGUGUGUGUAGCUUGCUUGAGAAUGUGACUAGAGAGUGUGGCUUCGGUGUAACUGGGAUAGUCUCCAUAAAGAGAUUCUUCUAUGAUGCUUACUCAAAAUCUGUGAAUGGGAGUAUCUUUGAUGGUGUGAAGAUGGAUAUGGUCAGCUUUGCUAUGGAACUGUUGGGGUCUAGCUGCUCAGAUGAACAGCUCAUAGGUGCAAGAAUUCUCAGACUGUUGGCUGUGAAUGAGCGGUCUGCAGAGGAUACGCUUGAGAAGAUAGGAAUCAACUUGCCGGUCAUUGAAAGGUUGGUGGAGAUGCUGAACUGGAAAGACAUGCAAGAAGAAGAGAUUAGGAGAUCAGCAGCUGAGAUACUAUCAAAGCUCGCUGGAAAGAAACAGAACUCUCUAAGAGUUGCUGGAAUCUCCGGUGCCAUGGAAUCGAUAUCAUCACUGUUACAGAAGACAAGAUCUUUAGGUGAUGCUCCCGACGAGAUUGGAGAGAAGAAAAUCUUCCACGACCAUAAUCUACAAUAUGAUUACUGGAGGUUCAACAACUUAGGCCUCUUGAUUCUAAAGAAGUUAUCAAGAGAUCACGACAACUGUGGAAAAAUCGGUAACACGAGAGAACUUCUUCCAAAGAUUAUUGACUUCAUGCAUACAGAUGCAACACUCUUGAAAGAUGAGAACGCAGAGAUGGUUCUGUCACGAGUCUUGACCGUGAAACGGUCCCUGCAAUUAGUUAAAAUGUUGGUAAGCAUGAGUGGGAACACUGGGAGAUGUCUUAGGAGAGAGAUCUCGGAGAUUGUUUUCACAGUCAGUAACUUGAGAGAUGUGCUGCGUCAUGGAGUGAGAUACCCUAAACUACAGAAGCUGGGGAUUGAGAUCCUGGGUUUCCUAGCCCUUGAGACAGAGGCACGUGAAAGAAUUGGUGUGACUGGAGGUGUCUUGAAAGAGCUGUUCAACAUUUUCUUGCAAAGCAAGACACAUGGGGAUGUGAAUGAGAGCCGGGUCAGAAUCGCUGCAGGGGAAGCUAUAGCUAUGCUUGCUUUGGAGAGCAGAAGCAACUGUGUCCACAUUCUAAAGCUUGGAGUCUUGGCAAGACUCGUGGAAGCACUUGAAGUUCCUUUGGUACGUGUCAAUGCAGCGAGAGUGUUGAGGAACUUGUGCUUAUACUCAGGACAUGAACGUUUUAUAGACCUGAGGCUCAUUAAAGCAGCAGCUCCCAUGGUGUUGAAAUCAAUAACACAAGGAGAUAACAAACUACAAGAAGUGAUGCUAGGGUUAGCAACACAAGUGUUCAAGUUCAUGAGUUCAGAAGAAGCACAUGUAGCUCUGAUUGAUUCAGGGAUCAAGAAACAAGAACUAGCGAAUUCGCUUGUUGCGACUCUGAGAAAGCAUGACAAGCCAGCGAUCAAAGUUCCGCGAAUCAGGAGGUUUGUAAUUGAGCUGGUGAUAUGUAUGAUGGAAUAUGAUGUGGAGAACAUCGUGAUGUUUAGAGAUUUGGGUAUGGAGAGAGAGCUCGAGAAGGUACUGGAAAACACGGCUGAGCUGGAGAACUUCGAUGUUUUCUCGGGCACAGUUGGUGUGAGCCGACAUAGCAGAACGGUUCAUUGGUUGGCUGAGUCGGUUUUAACAUUGCUUAAGGAAUAUCAACCAUAAUUAUCAUAUUUUCCUCAUA